AUGAAUCCAGUUGUUUUGCAGCCAAAAUAUGGCGCAGGAGGUGCGACGGUUAGUGACUGGCAAACCGGCGUUUUUGACUGCUGUGAUGACAUGGGGAUUUGUCUCUGUGGGACUUUCUUUCCCCUGUGCCUUUCGUGUCAGAUUGCCUCUGACAUGAACGAAUGCUGCCUGUGUGGAGCAAGUGUCGCCAUGAGGACCAUGUAUCGGACCCGAUACGGCAUCCCGGGCUCUAUUUGUAAUGAUUUCCUAUGGCUGGCAUGUUUCCCUCAUUGCAUCCUUUGUCAACUCAAGCGAGAUAUUGAAAAAAGAAAAGCAAUGAAUGCUUUGUAA